AUGUCACUUAACCAACUACAAGGUUUAUAGUUUAUUUAUAUUUACAUUUUUCAACUUCCUUAAGUCCUUCUUGAACCCGAACCAUACAUAGUUAAGUUCCAAUAAGCAUGACAUCGGUUCAGGAAAGGCUUCAAUUGAAACGAGAACCAUUAGAUAAAUGGUCCGUAAGAGAACAACUUUGUUUGGCUUCUGCAGUUUGUAGAAGUGGCGACCAGAAUUGGAUGUCUGUUUCCAGAGCUUUAAAGCCUUUUGGUGAACCAAAUCGACCGUCUGACUGGUUUCAUUUAAAAAAUUGUGCGGCACAGUAUGGCAUGUUAUUGGGUAAUGUCGAAACUCCUAAGAGAAAAAAUAAGAAAACCACUAUUGACUCUGGUGGGGAAACGCCGGCAGAAAGUAUUUUAAAAAGACUAAGUACCGAGAGGCAAGUAGAAUUGAAGAAACUUCUUGCAGAAGAAAAGGCAGAGUAUCAAAAAUUACAAGAGGAUAUGAUUCUGCUUCAGUCAGGAAAGGUAUCAGAGGAACAGUUAGAUAAGUGGUGUCAGGAAAUAGAAGAUGAAGAGAACCAAAAAGAACAGGAAUCCAUAACACAUGCCAGAUGGUUGAAAGAGAGGGAACUACGUAAACAGGAAAUUGAAAAGGUCUGGAGACCUUCAAAAACUAUAAUGGGACAAAAACGUAAAAGCUCAGAUCGCCUAGACAAUCUGGUAGAACAAGAACAUAUGGAUGAGAUUGUCCUUCAACAGCAACCACAGCUCAAUCAACAACAACAUCAUCAAAUCUAUUCACAACCUUCAGAGACAAUGAAACCUGCACUUUCUCCUUUACUCACAAGUUUAUUAAAGUCUCCUUCACAAGUUCCAAGCACCCCUAUUCUACAUACAGCUAUUACCAAUAGACCUAUUCCUAAUACUAGUACCAAUCCUAUGAUAGCAAGUUUAUUAAAUUCAUCACCUACUGUAACAGUAUCUCCUGGUUUACAACAACUUGUUAGUUCAGCUAUUGGCCAAGAAACGCCUGAAUUGGUAGGACAAAUUCAUCACCAUCAGCCACACCAGCACCAACCUAUUACAAAUGAUAUCUUGGAUGAUCCAAGCUUGCCUAACAUCAAAAUUGACGAUUUAGCGAACAGCAUAUUAGUCCAGGAUGGUCCCCUGCCAGAAAUAAAGAAAGAAGAAGUCGAUGAUAUUAUAUCGGAAAUCAUAGAGAAUGCUCAUGAUAUUGUAACUGAUCCUGAGCAUCAUUUAGAAUUGGACGGAAACGGAGAUAUUAAUAUUAAUUUAGAAUUUGACGAUGAAGAUGACCUUCAGGACAUUGUAGAGCCCAAGAUUGAGCCAAAAGAAGAAAAGAAAGUGGAAGAAAAAUUUGUUACUCCUGCGCCGGUUGUGGAUCCUUUUGAAUUCCAGGAGGAUCCCAUCAUUCAGCCUUCGGUGAAGGUUUCCAACAUUAACAAACAAGAUCACAAACCUUACGUUCCCCAGUACCAGCAACAAGCUUCUUAUUUAGAGCAAACAAGCCCCACCGACAAAGAGAUCGAACUGCAACAGAAUAGAAAUCAGUAUAUUUCUAACGUCGAAGAGCCGAAAGAAGAAACGAAAAAUAUUUCACCGGUUAUAUCACAGCAUCAACAAAGUGAAGAACCUCAACAGGAACCACAAGAGGAAGAGAUGGAAAAAACUGAACAGUCCGCGGUUCCGGGCUCCGUCGAAAUAGUAGAAGUUGUGGUAACUGACGACGAUGAGCUAGAUAAAGAAAAUUCCAAAUCAGAAGUAAUAAGUUCAGAAAAAUCGAACGAUUCCGAAGAUGUUAAGUCGAUAAGAACGGAAAUUGAAGAAAAAAUCAAAACUGAAAAUGAAGAAAGCAGUCCCACGGAAAGCAAAGAUACGACAUCGAUUGCUACGUACGAAGAAUCUUCCGAGACGUCAGAUUCGGUGGCCGAAGUUAAAAAAGAGCCUGGAAACGAUGUUGAAAUUAAGACUGAGUUCGGGGAUGAAUUGUUUGAUGAGAUGAAUAUAGAAGUUAAAUUUGAUAAAAAUGCAAAGAAGAGGGAUUAUUCCAGGACAAAGAAAAAGGACGAAAAAGAUUUUAAUAUGCUCCUUGAUUUGGACAAAUCCAAUAUUGAAGACCAAGAUCUAACGGAGGAGACAAUGUCCGAUAAUGCAAUGGACGUCGAAAAGAAAGGCGCAAAAUCAAAAGUAAAGGCAGAGACAGACCGAUCAAACAGCCCAUGGACGGAGGAAGAGGAUGGAGGUAAAAGUAGUAAAAGAAGAUAUUCAACGCCAGUCACACCUACCGAUUCGGUGACACCCACCGACUCUCCAGUAUCCGUUUCGGCUUUUUAUGACGAUGAUAAGGAGUACAGGAAUUGGAAAAAGUCUGUGAUUUUAGUCUACAAUCGAUUGGCGACAAAUAAAUAUGCCUCAUUGUUUUUGAAACCUAUUAAUGAUGAUCAGGCGCCAGGUUACAGUACUACAGUUUACAGACCGAUGGACCUUCUCACAAUCAAAAAGAAUAUCGAAAACGGUACAAUUAGAUCCACCUUGGAAUUUAAACGCGAUACGAUGUUGAUGUUUACGAAUGCAAUAAUGUACAAUAGAACCGAUAGUCUAGUUUAUAAAAUGGCGUUAGCGAUGCAACAGGAAUGCAUAGAACCUAUCGAGAUACUCAUGAUGGCGGAGAGCCACAAUGAUUUUUCGCUUAGAAGAGAAACUAGAACGAGUGAACUGGGAACAAAGAGAAAGAGGACGUUCACAGAUGAGGUUUUAAUAAAGUCGACGUCGAAAAAGCGAAAAGAAGAUUAGCAUUACGCCAAUAACAUCGGCAAGAGAAGAUGUACCUAUGAAUUUUCCAGUGGUAGUUCCCAAUGGAACGAGUUUUGGUGGUAAAAAAAUUUUUGAAUAGUAGUUUUAGUAUUUGUAAAUAUAGACUUAUGUGAAGAGAAUAAUAAAUAAAUUGGAAUA